AUGGUUAAGUUUUUCCGCUGCUGCAAAGCAAGAGUGAGCCCUGAGCUCUUAAGCAAGAAGAAUGAAAAGCCGGAAGCGUUUCUACCGUCGUUGCGUAUGAUUUUGUUCAUUUUUCGAAUGUUUUACGCGUGGCCGGAUGAGCAAAGUUUGGCGCCAAAUGCGCUCUGGUGGUACCGUGCAAAGGGUGUGCUGUUUCGUACGUUUUUCAUAUAUCUUUCAGCAGCAGCACAGCUGGCUUACAACUUCACGGUCACUAGUCGUGAGGAACUGUUUGCUGGCAUGUUUGUGCUGCUUACCCAGCUCGUACUGAUACUGAAGAUGGAGUUUUUCUACAAAAAUGUGUCCAAAAUUCAGCAGCUCAUCCGAAGACUGCACGGCAAGCGGUAUCGCCAGUCGGGAAAUGCUGAGGAAGACAUGCCGCUGGUGAGUGCGCGCAAGAAGUCAACCAUAUUCUGGGCCUUGUACUUCAUGUUCUCCGUUGGGCUGGCUACGGAGUGGUUAGUGAUAUCGCUGUCGCUCACCACUUUGAUAGUGCCGGUGUGGCCCGUCGUAGAUCAUACCACACCGUACUGGGUAUAUUUAAUGGUGAUCUUCCAUCAGUAUGUGGCAAUUGCUCUUAACGCUUCGUUUAACAUCUCAUGGGACUCGCUCGUGGCAGCACUGUUCGCGCUCACUAAUGCGCAUCUUCAUCGACUACAAAUACAGCUUAUGAAGGUGAUAUUUCUUCGCGAAGUUCUCGACCUGUUCAGUGGACCGCUGCUUGCACAACUGUACUGUUCCGUGCUUAUCCUGUGCAUUACCGAGUUUCGUUUGCUCACGGACGUGAACACAAUGGCAGAUACGGUGCAGGCGGUAAUUUACCUGCUGUGCCUUGUCAUACAAGUGGCACAAUACUGUUACUUUGGCAAUGAAAUCAACUGUACGAUACUCAAAACAUCCUACUCGUAUUUGGCAGUAUUGAGAUCGAUGACGGAUUAA